UCAAUGUCCCACCGAGUCUAGGAACAAGGUGCAAAUUGGCUUACACCAAACAGCUAUACUGCAUUCGUGACCCGAUUCAAAUAAAAAUUUCCUCAGCUCUAGUGGCAACAUGGCCAAUACCUUCAAAAUGCCUCCGCAAACCCCUCCGAACUUCAACCACACUCCUGCGAGCGUCUUGGCUGGCAUCUAUUCAAUUUUGGGGCACACACGCAAACUCCAGGACGAAAUUGCAGCCAAUUUUCGUCCAGAAGAUGCCACCUUCAACAAUGUCAUACUCCCCCUUGCGAAAGACGACAACCACACCAUCGCCCUCAAGAAAUUGUUCAAAUUCUUCAGCUCAACAUCCACUUCUGAAGAACUGCGUAACGCUAGCAAUUUAUUUGAAGCACUUAUUGGUGGUUUUGAUUCUCAGUUCUUGAUGCGAGAAGAUCUCUUCCAGCUUGUCGACGCUGUGGUUCGAAGAAAGGAGUUGUUGGAUCCAGAGUCCCUGUUCUAUCUGGGCCGAAUGCAUCAAGCAUUUUUGGACAAUGGUUUGGGAAUUGAGGAGGGUUUAAACCGAUGUCGUUUUACUCAAAUUCAGACAGAGCUUCGGGAGUUGAGUGUUGCAUAUCUUAAAUCUCUCAAUACAAGUACUGGGGUAUGGCUUAGGGUUCAAGAACUUGACGGAUUGCCUAUGGAAUCUCUAACUUCAUUAAAGGUCGGAGAUGGGGAGCAUCCCGGCAAAGUUUGGCUUCCUUUAAGAAACCCCAUUUUGAUCAUGCGUUGCGCUUCGUUAGGAGUGGAGCAGUAAGACAGAGAAUAUACGUUAGUCACGACAACAGAUGUCUGGACAACAUCCCAAGGUUAAAGAGAACAAUUUUAAGAGAUGAAGCUGCUAGGCUCCUAGGAUACCCAAAUC